AUGUUUGUUGGAGAUGGAGCAUCGAACAUGAAAACGGCCAGUGCUGCAAUGAUAUAUGAAAAAAACUGGUGUCUGGGGCAUUUAUUGAAUUUAAGUAUUCAUAAUGGAUUAGGAUUAUGGGUUCGGAAAUCGAACGAGAAGAAGAAAAAGAAAGAAAACCAAGCUCAAACAUACGAUCGCGAUGGUGGUAGUUCAGAGGUCAGCGAAGGGGAAGAAAAUGAAGAAGCUAGUAUGGACACUAGCUCAGACAACGAUGGAGAUGGAACGGAUAUAGACAAUGAUGAUGAUGGCGAAGAGCAGAAUAGUCACAUUUUAGAAUUUGUAACUGAAUCAGAAGAAGAAUCACAAUCAGAUGAUAAAACCACUGGAAAUAACUACAGCAGCGAAUACAACGGCGAUCAAAGUUCGUGUCGGCGAUGUAUUGAAUAA